CCGAAAACGAAACUGGGGCCGCCUUUCAAAAGCGCACCGGCGGCCAGCGCUUUGCAAACCAUUCGCCGGUCGGUCGGUCGGCCGGACAGGGCUGCGCAUCGCUCACCUGCCGCAUAGUUCUCGGAACCCCAGCGGGUCUGGAAGACUCCAACGCCUUCCCGCUGAGUGUCUGCAGCCCCACCUCCAUUUGCGUCCUCAGAUGACAAAAUGGCGCACCUGAACGGGAUGGUUUCCAGGCCGCUGGACGGCCUGCUGAGCCAGGUGUCCCUCCACCUCGCCUGCUCCAAGUGCAGCCGCAGAGAGAACGAGAGCACCUACCAGUACCUACCGGAGCUGAACCACCGCUGCAUGAUGGAAAUCUUGCUGGCCAGGUGCAAGGGGACGAGAGGCAUCCAGUGGCGCAAAGUGAACAGGAGACCCUCCUUCCCCAACCCGGCUCUCUACGACAUCUGCUGGCAUUACGUGGCUGGCUUGGGCUGCACCAAACACCGCAACUCCUGCACUUUCGCCUGGAGCCGAGAGGAGGUGAUCGUGUGGACGUUCGAGAGGAAAUACAACUUGGAAAGGCACGUCUUGAAGCGGCUGUUGAAACAGGCCCAGUCGGGCGUCAUGCCCAGCGGCCAGCCGAAGCCCGAUGACUUAAACAACCCGGAAGAAAUCCUCAGUGAGUUUGGGGGUUAUUUCCAGGAGAUCUGCGGACCUUGCUUUUAUAGCCGCCCCCAACGGAUUUCUCCCAGGGGCUCCGCUCACAGUUGCAAAAACCACUGGGGCUUCAUUUUGGUUCAUGUGAUCGCCGACGGUAAGAAAAAAGAGCAAUAUACUGAGAUUCGGCCCUGUCCGACAAGCCGCAGGCGCUUCUCGUACUGUCCGUCCGUCUCAGCCGGCAGGUCCUGCUGGAAUAACUCCCAGUCCUGCAGUUUCGCCCACAGCGAUGUGGAGCUGGCCAUCUGGAAGGCAGAGCAAAGUCGAGGCUUGGAGCGCACCGCCCUGCUGCGCCCGGCGGUGGAGGAGACAGCGAGCCCGCCGGAUGCCGCGUCACAAUAUCAAUUCUACUGCCGGGUAUGCCUGGUGACGUGCAAUUCCCAGCAGAGCUUCGAGAACCACUGCUCGUCCGUGGAGCACACGCAGCUGAUCGCCACCGACACGCUGACCAAGUGGAGUUAUCGUGCCCCUCCGUACGAUCCAAAGACCUUUGCUCUUUGCAGCCGACCAGACGUUUGUGAAUAUGGGCAGGAUUGUGCCAGGGCGCAUUCGGUCCAGGAGUUGGAAGAGUGGAUCCAGCGGGCGAAAAUUGCCGCGAGAAAGAAGGAGACGGCCAAGCAGGACGGCCUCUUAUCUUACCAGGAUCGGCUUAUUGCCGAGUACCAAUCGAGCCACAACGAAGUCUUAAUUAUUUCGGAGGCCGUGGAUGGCGUGAAGGCCACGUGCAAGCAGCCCCUCCGGAUCCAGUCAGAGAACAAGAAGUUGCAAUAUGACUGGGUCUUCACCAUACAUUCCCAGGUGCCACUGAUCCACGUGGCUCUAUUGAAGAGAGUCCCAGGAGCCAACUUCUCCUUAGCUGUGCCGGGAAAGCCUCAGCAUCUCACUUACGCUUCUGGAGACAGCUUCAAAACCGUGCGGGCGUCUCCACCAGCCAUUGAGGUGAAAGUCCACUUGCAGAGUCACACCUUCGGGGUCUACGAGCAAUGGUUGGUCUUUGAUUUUGGCAGCCGGCCUGUCUUGGUUCAAAAGCUCCACGCCCGGGUUGGUCAGAAGGAAGCACCGUGGCGGGUGGAUCCGGCCACCGAGUCCAUGACCUGCUUUGUGCACAGUGGGCGCUGGCACACUGGAAACCGCCUAAUGGUGCCCAGCGUGAAUCGCACGGACAAGGGCGUGGAGCUGCUGGCUAAGUACAAGGCCCCCUCCAUCUCGAUGAACUUCCAGCGAGGGGCGAGGGGCAAGCCCAUCACCCGCGUCAACUACCGCGAAGAAAUGCACAACUUCCUCUUCCGAGAAGAAGACGCUCAGCAGCUCUUGAUCUCCAAGCUCAACUUGCAUGCGAUGGUCUCCUUUGUAAAGACUGUGGAAGUCUUCCCAUCGGGGCUGAAGAUUGCUCUGCCAGAACAGCUCUACGCCCAGGUCCCAACCCCUUACUCGUUGACCGUGGACUCCGACGAAGGGUACCUGCUUCAACGCUCAGUCAGAACAGCCUUCCUCGCCCAAGAUCCACCUGCCAACAACCGAGUUUACGAGGUCUCCAUCGAGAAAGAAGCCUUCACUGAAAGGAGCGUCUGUCUUCUCCUUCCCCAACGUUGCUGCACGGAACUGGGCCUCCAACCAGACACGUCUGCCAAGAUGGAAGUCCAGUUCCAAAUGGACCAGCUCCAAUUCUGCCAUUGGCACCAGGCUGUGGACAACUUAUGGGAUGUGAAGCUGGUCUUUCCAGAUGUGACGACCUGCUCCAUCCCACGUGGAACUUUGCAGGUGCCAUGGGGGAACGCAAAGCAGAAGCAAGCUUUUUCCUUCAUCACUGGUCAGGUGACUGGUUUCUGUAGAAUACCUCCUCUUUUGAUCUACGGACCGUUUGGGACUGGGAAGACCUUCACAUUGGCCAAGACUACCCUGGAGAUCAUCAAGAAGCCCCAGACACGUGUGCUUAUCUGCACUCACACCAAUAGCGCGGCUGAUAUCUACAUUCGUGAAUACUUUCACAACUAUGUCAUCUCAUCGCACCCUGAGGCUAUUCCGUUAAGGGUGAAAUCCAUUUACCGUUCGGUCAAAUCAACCGACCCCAUUACCCUACGCUACUGCUGUCUCUCUCCGAGCAGAAAUGAGUUUUGCCUCCCCACUAGAGAACAGAUCGAUCGCCACCGGAUUGUCCUCACCACGUGCAUGACCUCACGAGACCUCGGGGUGCCCUGUGGCUAUUUCAGCCACAUCUUGAUUGACGAAGCUGCUCAGAUGUUGGAGUGCGAAGCUCUAGUCCCUCUCUCUCUGGCUAGCCUGAGAACCAUGAUCAUCCUGGCAGGGGACCAUAUGCAGAAGACCCCUAGGCUCUAUUCGUUGCACAAGGAUGAGCAGUCCACCGAUUACACCCUGUUGAAUCGCCUCUUCCAACAUUACAAGAAGGAGAAGCAUGAAGUGGCCACCAAGAGCAGGAUCAUCUUCAACGAGAACUAUCGGUCUACUGCAGGAAUCGUUGAGUUUGUCUCCAAGCACUUCUACGUGGGCAGAGAAGAUACCAUCGGCGCCAAAGGCAAUGUCCCUCCUCACCCGGAGUUCUAUCCGCUCAUGUUUUGUCACGUCUCCAGUAGCGCUGAGAAGGACAAAUCCAUGAGCUGGUACAACAUCUCUGAGAUUGAACAGAUCAUUGAGAAAGUGCAGGAAAUGGAUCAGAAAUGGCCGGUUGAAUGGGGGCAGAAGAACCUUAGAGACAUUUGCGUGGUCUCUUAUGGCAUACAGGUGAAAUUUAUCCGAGACAAGAUGAGAAAAAAAGGAUUUUCAGAAGUGACCGUGGAAACCUAUGACAACCUUGCAGGGCGAGAGUUCCGGGUCAUCAUUAUCAACACCGUGCAUACCUGCAACAGCCUGGCCCAUGUCAGUUCCUCUAACCUGGAAUAUUUCGAAAACGCGCGGGUGUUGAACACCAUCAUAACAAGGGCUCAGUCGCAGGUCAUCGUAGUCGGAGAUGCCGUUGCUCUGUGUUCUCAUGGCCAGUGCAGCAAGAUCUGGAAAAGUUUCAUCAAGAAGUGCAUUGAGAAGAAGUCCGUCAGUCCUGAAACUCUGACCUUGGAGGAGAUAAAGCAGGUGAUGUCCAAUUUAGCCAGCUGGAACAGAGGAAGCCCUGAAUCCGAAGAAGAAAGCAGCGAUACAGACUCCUGGGUCUCCGACACGGAAAGCUUAAACCUCGAUGAUCCAAUAUUGCAGGAGCUCUUGGAUGAAAGCAAAAAGUUGAUGGUGUUGGUCACCGAAGAAGGCCUGCUGAAGGUGAAAUCGGACGUCUCAGACCCUGAAAGGAGAAGUCAAGAGUACAUCAACUACUCCUUGCAAACGAUGCACCAGUAUUUGCAGAUGCAGCCCGAGCGAUACAAAUGCUGCGAAUUUGUCCAAGAACGGUUCGAUCAAGCGUCUGCCUUCACUCUAGAUGAGGCUCCUUCGAUCACCAUCCAGAUCAAGGGUCGAGUCAACUGUGGCAUGGCCUUCACUGGAGACAAAGUCUUGGUGGAGAUCCUGACGCCCAACGCUACUCUUGAGGGCAACCCUCAUGGAAAAGUAGUGGGCGUCUUAGAGACGGUGAAACAGGAUCGCAAGUUUGUCUGCAGAGUGGACGAGUUUGAUCUCCGGGUCAUGAUCCCCAUUGACCAGUCUGUCACAAAAAUCUAUGUCCCUCCAUUGAGAGAUGAUACUGAUUCUAUUCCCAUCCGCAGAGUUGACCAGGCAGGAAAUAUCAAGUUGAAGAGCCGGAAAAAAAUAACACCAGAAGACCGGAAGACCUGCCUUUUCAUAGUACGAAUCAUGAAAUGGGAAAAAGGUUAUUACUACCCUCUGGGAAUUGUUACAGAGGUCCUUCCCUUGGCUUCCUCACUAGAAGAUGGGCUUCGUAUUCUGGAUUUGGAAUAUAGUUUGUCCAAUGGAUAUCCUGCCUCGGCGACCAGACAAAUGGCCAAAUUAAUCUCCGGUCACCCCUCUCUGAUGAGAGCAGAGAGGAAAGACUGUCGGGCUUACUUUACUUUCACGGUUGACCCUUUGGAUGCUAAAGACCUGGACGAUGCCAUCAGUGUCAAAGAUAUUGGCGACAAAUACGAGAUUGGGAUCCACAUUGCUGACAUGGCCUCUGUGAUCCCCAAAGAUUGUCCUUUGGAUACAGAAGCCAAGAACCGAGGGUUAACUUAUUAUGUUCCUGAGAAGCCCGUACAUCUGUUCCCACCACAGCUCAGUCAGAAUCUCUUCAGUCUCCUUCCUCAGAAGGAACGCUUGGCGAUUUCCCUCUUUGUCGUCAUGGAUAAGGCCACGGACCAGAUGGAAACAAUUUCCUUUGGCAUGUCCGUAAUCUGCUCUGAUCGGCAGAUGACGUACGAGGAAGCUGAAGGGAUCAUUAAGAACUACUACAACAUAGAGGCACCGUCACCUAAUUUUGACACCUUAGAAGGUUGUGUUGCGAUGGCGUACCAUUUCUCCCGCGUCCACCGGAAGUCCAGGCUUCACGAAGACUGUCAUUAUGACCAGUUGGAUGAAGAAAUUCCUUUAGGUCAGCGAUGUUCUCACCAGAUGAUUGAGGAGUUUAUGAUCCUCUUCAACAGUUCUGUGGGAGAUAUGCUCACAAACCAAACUCCUACCAGAGAUUUAACCCCUCUCCGUUGCCAGAUGGAGCCCAAUCUUCAGCAAAUCUCCCAAAUGAGGGAGAAGUACAGAGAUGUCAUUCCUCUGUCCACCCAUCUCUCCCACCAUCUAGGCGCUCCAACUGGUGAUGCCCCCUUGAGGCCCAUUCAUCCAUUUGUUCUCUUGACUGCCUCGUGGGACCACCUCAAGUCAGCGGCCAAAGCCCGCGACUUCCACAAGAUACUGGACCUCAUCGCCACAGAUGACAUCCAUCCCAAACUUGCGCCCAUCAAUUUAGAAUUUCGGAAGCUCCUGAACCGUUCUUAUUUUAUGCGUUCCAAUUCCUGUCCUCAGGCCAAGCUGGGCCACUACUCUUUGCACGUAGACUCAUACACCUGGGCUACCUCCCCAAUUCGGCGCUACAUAGAUGUUGUUGUUCAGCGGCACAUCGUCUCUGUGAUUUUGAAGAAGCCCGUCCAGUACUCCCAAGCAGAGAUCGAAUUCCUUUGCCACGAUUUCAACCGGAAGAACAGCAAGGCCAACACGUACAAGCGAAGAGUCCGAUCUUUGGAACUGGCCACCCAGUUGAAAUGUCAGGUUCAAAAGAAGUUUGCUUUCAUCGCCAAUAUUGAAGAGAAGGCCAAGAGUUUCAAACUCUUGUUUCCUCUCAACAAUGAGAUCUUUCCAGAUAGUCUCAGCAUCAGUUAUAGAGCCCUUCAAUUGGUGUCUCAACCAAAUUUUGUUGAGGAGCGGAAAAGUAUGAAGCUGAAGUGGAGGAGAAGAAUUUACACUUGGGGGACCAAAAAGGAGGAUGAAGUGAGGUGGUCAGAGAUCGGAGGGAACAUUUUUCGCUUUCAUGGAGAGGUGUGGCAUGAAAUCCUUGCAGCUGUCAAAAAUGAAGACUAUGAGAAGUUAAUCCACCUCCUUGAGAAGAGUUACACCCUGGAGUCCAAACCUGUGGGGUCAAUAGGGAGGAGUAAGUGCUUACACUACAAAGAACUGGCCGUGGAACUUAAAGUUGGAGAUGUGCUGAAUUUCCAACUGACCACUGAUGUCCAACGAGGCUUCCUGGUGCCUUUUGUGCAACUGUGGACAGUAGCUCCUGGCUUUGAGGUGUGCUUGGAACACACCGAGCGACCCAUCGAUUGCUUCUCCAAGUACACUUCCCAAGCCUCGAAGGACAUCUAUAAAGAUGCCUCUGAUUAUCGCAAAGUGUGGCUGCCUCUUUGUGACAUAGAAGCAACUUUGAGCGCGUUGGCUGAAAACAGCUCGAUCGUCCUGCAAGACAUCCCGAUCAUUUGGAAUAAGAAGCUGACCUCACAAGAUCAGCUCUGUGGGUCCAUGAACCUCACCAAGAAGUUCCUCAAAGAAUGUGGCAUCAAAGUGGAUUUUGGCGCCUGCUACCUGUGCAUUCGCCUUUCGGGCCUCCGCGGACAUGGGAUCCAGGACAAGAAGGAGAAAGACCUCAGCCCGAACUUCCAGCAACUCAGUUUGACCAAGCAACCAAGCAACCAAGAAGCAACCAAGACUCAGGAUUUCAUGAUUGAUCCCGAUACGUACACUUGGGUGGCGCACGGGUGUACAGAUAGGUUCGAUGAGAAUGAGAAACCUGAUCAGCGUGGCGAUGUGAUGGUGAAUUUUUACAUCCAUUUUACGUCCAUGGAGAAGAUUCCCUUUGAGGUCAGACAGGAGAGUUCAAAGUUCACCGUAGAGCUGAUUCCGAAGCAGCUGCCUGAUGUCCGGAAAGAAAAAGCAAUUUGGAGCCUGGAGAAUGCCUCGAACCUUGCUCAGGGGAUAGCGUUGGGUCAACCCAUUCCAGUUCAAAGGGCAAGACCUUCCAAUAUUUUGGACAGAAGGAAUUUUGACAUCCCAGGCAUUAGCAUUAGCCGUAGACUCAAUCCAAGUCAACAGAAGGCCAUCCAGGAGGCACUGAAAAAUUCCUUCACUCUCAUCCAAGGGCCACCAGGCACUGGGAAAACGGUGGUUGGUGUACACAUUGUGUACUGGUUUCACCAACUCAAUCAGGAGAAGAAUGGAAACACAACUCAAGCUGGGGUGGGGCCACCACAGCCAACCCCAGCCUCCGAAGAGAAGAGCUACAUUCUGUAUUGUGGACCUUCUCACAAGUCGGUUGACGUCGUUGCUGAAAUGCUCAUGGGGAUGCCUGAUUCCUUGAAGCCUCUGAGGGUCUACGGAGAAACGAUUGAGUCAAUGGAUUUUCCUUAUCCUGGCAGCAACCUCCAGUUUUCUGCAAAAGCUCAGCGGAAUACAAAAUCGAAACCAGAGAUCAGGAGUAUCACUUUGCACUAUCGGAUCCGGAAAAAAAGCAAUCCUUUCGCGGCAGAUAUCCUCCGGUUUGAUCAACGAGUGAAACGUGGAGAGGAGAUCACAGAGGAGGAAGUCGAGAAGUACAAACGGCUGCUGAACAAGGCACGGGCAUAUGAACUGGAACGCCACAACGUCAUUCUUUGCACAUGUUCCGCCUCUUCCUCCAAAUUCCUCGGGAAGCAUCUCGUCAAACAACUUCUGAUCGACGAGUGCGCCAUGUGCACAGAGCCCGAAACGCUCAUCCCGUUGGUGAACUACAAGACGCUGGAGAAGGUUGUCUUGUUAGGAGACCAUAAGCAGCUGAGACCUGUGGUCCAUAGUGACUUCUGCAAGAAACUUGGGAUGGAGAGGUCUCUCUUCGAGCGCUACCACAAAAAGGCUUUAAUGCUCAACAUCCAGUAUCGCAUGCACAAGGACAUCUGCCAGUUCCCAUCCAUGGCCUUUUACGACAAUAAACUGAAGACCAGUCCCAGUAUCAUUCGUGGAAGCAGCACGCUCUACUAUCGUAGCGAAUUUGAGUGCACCCCCAUCCUCUUCGGCCACAUUGAAGGAAGCGAGAGGUCCCUCGUGGUCUCCACGGAAGAGGGGAACGAGAACUCCAAGGCCAAUCUGGAGGAAGUGCAGCAGGUGGUAAGAAUUGCAAAGCAGCUGACCCUGGAUAGAACCACCAAGCCGGAAGACAUCGCCAUCCUGACCGGUUACAAUGCCCAGGUCGUUGAGAUCAAGAAGCAACUCGCUCUGGAUGGCGUGCAAGGCAUAUCCGCUUGCACCAUCAUGAAAAGCCAAGGCAGUGAAUGGAAAUACGUCAUAGUGUCCACGGUCCGCUCCUGUAACCGGCAGGAGAUUGAUGAAAGGCCCACAAAGAGCUGGCAAAAUAACCGUCUCGGCUUCAUAGCAGAUGCCAAUCAGAUCAACGUCUGUCUCACUCGGGCACAGGAAGGCCUCUGUAUUAUAGGAAACAGCCAUCUUCUGGAGAGCAAUUCUUUGUGGCGGCAACUUCUGAAUCAUUACCGAAGCCGUGGAUGCGUUACCACAGCCGAUGCAAUUAAAAUUAGAAAGAGGACUAGUCUUCACCUGUAAGAAGGUACCACAGGAAAAUCCCUUCUUUCUUUUUAACCUCCUGGGCGUGGAGAUGGAUUUCCCAACACUGAGCCAAAACCAGGAGCCUUGUGGCUAAGGAGACAUUGCCAGGAAAAAAAAGAAAAAAAAGAAAGCUAUCGCACAACUUACUUUUUCAGGAUCCGAUCUCAGAGAAGAUUCUGCCUUGCUCGGGGAUGAAAAAUUUAAAAAAGCCAUCACUUUAGCAUGCAGAAGUCUUUUAGAAAAGCAACUUCAGCUGGGGAAUUUAAUAGAUGCUGUCGAAGAACGCAGCGACUGGUCCACCACGAACCUGCGAGGAGCAUUUGCAACGCGGGUGGGUGGAGGAAAACUGUGCCAUCGAAGAGCAGGGCACCAGAUCUUUCGGAGGAAGAUUAAAACCCUCAUCUGCCUUUCCUUGCUAUGCCAAUAACACCCCCCACCCUUGCCAGUUGAUAAAAUGACAAGCUGACUCAGCCACCCAACGCAAUGCAAAGGAUUCCCUUCGACCUCCGGCCUGGAACGCUUUUGUACAAAUUUUAAUAUUUUUAUUUUUUUUAGCCGGGUUACGUUUUACUUGAAAUAGUUUCUUCGUGCUAAUUUUUUAAUGUGCUUUUUUAAAAACAAAAACAAAUGAAAACUCAGAACCACAGAACUGGGGGUGCCUUCUUAAGCUUCGUGCUCUUUGAUCUAGCAAAUCCUUUGGGCUGAGCCCACAAAGGGGGCGGGGGUGUCCUUGUUCCAGGUCGUUGUGUUUUUUUCUCUCUCUCUACCUUUUUAGCCAAAAUGAGAUCCUCACCUCGGCUGGCCUUGAACAGGAUCGGGGGGGGGGGGGAACUUGGUGCGACGGCGUCUGUUUUGUGCUGAACUUCCAUCUCAGUAAGUUUUGAUGCCUGCAAUGGGGGGGGGGGGAAACCCCCACCAAAUUAUCUUAGGCGAGCUCAGUCUGAUGAGCACUGGUGGCGAUGAACCCCUGCUUAGAAAGCUGCUAUAAGCCUAUAUAUAAUAGUGCCUAGUGAAGCUCAAUGAACUCUGGAUGCAUUCACACAAAGUGCUUAUCCAAGUCAGUUGCAAAGCGAGGAUUUGCACAAUGGGCCAAGCCUUUUUUUUUUUUCUAAGCUUUAAUCUGAAUGCUGUAAGGAAAGUGUGGCUUAUUGCAAAGGGUCGAUCAUAAGUUUUGGACCUGAACCAGAAGUUUUGGACCUGAACUGCCCCAAAUUCAGGGGUCUUGGGUGCUCUUUCAGCUUGGCUGUUUUCUUGCAGAUGUUUCACGACCAGGCUAGGUAACGUCAUCAGUGCUACAAGGGAGUGGGGUUUGCGGAGUGGAGGAGGAGGAGGAGGAGGGGUCCUUGGUGCUCUCUGUGGUUUUCCUACAGACGUUUCAUGACCCAACUAGAUAACAUCAUCAGUGCUAGAAGAGAGUGACGUUUGUGGAGAGGAGGAGGAGGAGGAGAAGGGCAGGAGGACUGUGGGAUCCUUGGUGCUGUCUGAGCUGGGUUGUUUUCUGCAGACGUUUUACUACCAGACUAAGUAACGUCAUCAAUGCUAGAAGGGAACGAGAGCAAAUCCCACUUCCUUCUGGUACGGAUGAUGCUACCUGUCGUGUCCCCCUCCCCCUCCGACGGCUGGGUCUGGGAAGUCUGUAUCAAGCGUGGCUACGAAGCCUCUGCAGCUUUGCCAAAGUCCUGUCAGAUUUCUCAGGCAGGCAGGAAUCCAAGGUGUGACUUCAGCAAACCAGAUGAGACUUUGCUUGAUUCAAGGAAUGCCAAAAAGCAGAUCCUUUAUAUAGGCCAUGGGGUGUGGCUCCAUGACUCAGCACUUAUCGAGGCCUGCCCCUCCCUUCCUUUUGCUGACGUCGCCUCUCAAUUCUCCGGAAGCGGGGAUCCAUCCACUGUGAAUUCCCUUCCUCCUGAUCUGCUGCUGGCAAUUCUAGCACAUGGCUGGCUUCACGCUCACACGCUGUAGGAGUGAGGUUUGUUUGUUCAUUCCUGACAUUCUGUCUGGGCAUGGUGCCAGGGCUGGGGGCUGGAGGCAUGCCAGGCCGUUCCUCUUCAUUAUCAGACUCUGAAUCGGAUAGCAGGAGAUGGGAGGGGCCCGGCUGAGGAGAGGAGGGAGGACAAGGCACAACACUACCUAGUUUGGAUCAUGAAAGGUCUGCGAGAAAACCACCAAGCUCAGAGAGCACCCAAGGACCCCCAAGGUCCUUCUCCCCUUUUUCGUCUCCAUUCCACUCCGCUCCCUGUGAACACUGAUGAUGUUAACUAGUUGGGUCAUGAAAUGUCUGCAAGAAAACCACCAAGCUCAAGAGAGCACUCACUUCAACCUUGAUAUUCUCCUUUAUUGGCACCCAACUCAGGUUGGCGAGGAGUUGUGGGCAUCACAACCAGAGCUGCUUUAGAGACACCGCGAGGGAUAUCAGGAGUAUCAUUUGUCCUUGUGUAAAUGAUACGGCUGCUGCCCUUGUUUCUAUCCGCAUCAGUGGUGGGAUUCAGCCAGUUCGCACCUAUUCGGGAGAACCGGUUGUUAACUUUCUAAGCAGUUCGGAGAACCGGUUGUUGGAAGAAAUCUUAUUUUGUUUUUUUUUCCACUUUACAGGGCUAAUCCUGUAAGGAAGGCAGGAAGGAAACAUUCUGGUGGUAUUUCUAGCCUAAUCUUUGUUUCCCUGCUUACAGAAACUGCCUCUGGGUUAACCCUUAGUACAUUGUAACAGCUAAGGCGAAAUGCCCAUCGACCUGAGUGACGUUGAGUUGGGCACUCCCACACGGUCACAUGACCACCGAGCCACGCCUACCCAGCUGGUCAUUAGGGCAGAGGACAGGUUGUUAAAUGAUUUGAAAUCCCACCACUGACCCGCAUCUAUGGUUUUGGUUCCAAACCUAUGGAGGAUACCACGGUACUUCUCUCUGACCAAUAUGCAUUGCACUUUUAAAAAAAAAAAAAAAAACUAAACAAAACAAUGUUUAAAAAUAAAACACUGAAUGUAUUAUAAGGGUGGGGAGGGGGGAAGGAGAGAAAUGAGUGUUCCCCUCCCACCUGACCCCAGAUCUCAAAAACCUUUCAAAUGCCUGCUUGAAACUAGAUGCAAACCUGGAUUUAGCUGACAAUUGCAAAGCAAUUUUGCUGAAUCUGGUGACAGGGUUUGAACCCGGAGCUACUUCUAAUACAGAUAUAUUCUAUAGUAAUGUAAUAUAUAAGGGCAGCUGGGCUCCUUUUACAAUACUAACAAUGUGCAAAUGUGUGUAGCGACAGUUGCUGUGUUAUCUUUUUGUAGUUCUGCAACUGAUACUCUUCCUUUUUUUUCCUUGCCUUUGCAUCUAAUUUAUUGCAAUAUAUGGAAUUACGGGGAGGGGGGGGACAGUUUAGAAUUCUGCAUAGAGCUUGUUUAGUUUUGGACACGCUAGAAACUUAAGUUGUAGCAUAUUUCCCACCCUCCCUUUUUUUUUUCUUUUGGCUUUAUUAUCAGGGAUCUUGAUAGCAAUGAAGGGAGACCGAGGCAGUCCUCUUUCUCCUCUCUUCUACCUCAGUGCUGUUAAAUGUGAAUGCUUUUAAAAGUUUGUACCCUCCCUUGCGCUGAUCCGCUUAAUUUUGAAAUACAAGUCAGCUUUGGAGAGAGAAAAAUCCAUAUUUUCAUAAAGUAAGCACAGGUUAGUCUAAAGACGCAGCCAAAGUAUAUUGAGCCAGUCUUCAAACUAUGAACAUUCCUAUCUUUGUUUUACUGAAUGUCUUGUGUGUGCCUACUGAAGAAAGAGAGAAAGAAAGAGGGAGUAGGGAAGGAGAGAGAGAGAGAGAGAGAGAGAGAGAGAGAGAGAGAGAGAGAGAGAGAAUGGAUCACUUCUAAAGAAAAAAAAACUGUAAUUCCCAUGCCUACUUUGUUAGCAUUAGUCAUCAAAGAACUUCUAAACAAAAACUAUAAUUCCCAUGCCUGCUAUAAUUCCCACACCUACUUUCUUGACCUCUAAAGGAGAAUUCCCCAACGUUUCUGGCUUUUUGGACUUGGGGGUGGGGGUGCAGAAGGGAGGGUUCCAUGUGACCGUUUGGCAAUUACACAUGUGUGCAUGCAGCUCCCUUUGGGCGAGCUGGGUGCAGACGCACCUGCCCCUUACACAAAUGGAGUACACAUGCUCUCCCACUGCCUGCGCAAGUGAGGGUGCGUGCGCGUGCGCUCGGUGGCCAUUUACCUGACCCGGUUGCGAUCCCCUCGCGGCCCGCUGGUUGGGGGAACCCCUGUUCUAAAGAACUAUAAUUCCUACACCUACUUCCUUAACCGUUAGUCAUCAAGAGAGAGACUUCUAAAGAAAAACUAUAAUUCCCUCACCUACUUUCCUAACGUUGAAUCAAGAAAGAAGAAGAAUCACUUCUGUCUAAAAACUAAUUCUCAUGCCUACUCUCUUAGCCAGAAAGAAAAAGAGAAAGAAAGAAAAGGAAACUUCUUAAACAAAACUAGAAUUCCCAUGUCUAUCUGCUUACAGAUGCCUUUGUUCGCCCCAGGCAAUUAAGCAGUUUUCUCCAUUUUAAAUUCCUUAUGCCUGUCUUUGCCCCCCCUCUUCUCUCGGUUACCUGGGUACCCACAUCACCUCUCUUCCAUCUUUCUCCAAAGCCUGAGGUGCUUAGAUCUGGCCCGUGGGGCCGCCCUGGAAACCGCGAAGGACCGGCCCGCGGUGCCUCUGCCAGCGAAAACGGAGUUCAGGAGGUCCGCCUGCAGGUUUCCUGGGCUCCGUUUUUGCUGGCAGAGGGUUGCAGGAUGCCGUCACAGCCAUAAAUGGAGCUCAGGAGCCCGUUUUUGCUGGCAGAGCGCUUGUGCCUCUACAGGCGUUCCCGGCACGAGUGACGUCAAGCUGGCCACCCCCCACCCCCAGGUCAAACACAACCCUGAUGCGGCCCUCAAUAAAAUCGAGUUUGAGACCCCUGUCCUAGACGCUCGGCCACCUCUAGUUGCCUUCAAAGCUCCGGUCUUCGGCAGCCUCGCCCAGAUUUUGGCAAUGGCCUCUUCCUCCUUCCCUCUCUCUCUUUCUCUCUCUCUCUCUCUCUCUCUCUCUCUCUCCUCUGACUUAGGUGAUGUAAAUGCUUUGCUGCUUUAAUCCUGCAGGUGCUGGACGCAAGUAAUCCUCGGUUUACAACCGGUCGCUUAUUUGACCGUUUCAUAGUCAUAACCAACCCCAAGAAGGGGAAUUUACAACCCGGAUCUGAAGUUCCGACGGUCGUCCCCAACCUUGCAGUCACCUGACCGCGCUUAGGGCACUUGGCGACAGCACCGUGUUUACGUCCAUUUGCAGCGUCCUGCGGUUCACGGGAUUGCUUUUUUAUGACGAUUUCGCCCAAAAAACCCCAGCACUUAUUUCUGGUUUUCAGCAAAAUCGCACCAUGGGUUUGCUUAACGUUCGUUAAGAGUACCACAAAAAUGUCAUCAGAUGGGAAGGCUCCAUUAUGGUCGUAACUCGAGGACUACUUAUAAAUUCUGUCGCAGGCACGGUGAAGCGGCGAAGCCUUUCAAAUAGGUAUAUUGGAACAUUCCCAUCUCAAUUUUUGGAGCAACCCGCCAGAAUUUAGUCCUGGGGGACCAGCCAAAUAUCUCCCCCAUAUCUCACCAGUUGAUUAGGGUCCUUGUUAAAUAUGGCUGACAUUCGGCCAUAUCGCCUUGGAUCAGUCUUGGAGGCUGGCGGAGUUACAAGAAGCUUUUCCUAGAACGUGUGUGUGUGUGUGUGUGUGUGUGUGUGUGUGUGUGUGAACUCCCAGCAUUCCCCAGCCGGCACUGUCGCAGUUUCACUUAGCGACCGCUUUGCUUAACAACUGAGUAGCUAGUCGCUAAAUGAGAAUUACUUGUAACUCCUCCAGUGCCUGGCAAAGUUUACCGUUCCAAGGUUGUACCCCUGAAUUUAAUGGGAGUGUGGAAGGAACCCAUACAUGGUAUCGCACAACUCCCACACAUUUCCGAAUCACAAGAGUUGGAAGGGACCUUGGAGGUCUUCUAGUCCAACCCCCCUCUUCUAGCAGGAAACCCUAGUCUAUUUCAAGAAUUUUAAAGAGGAAAUAAGUAGAUUCCAUUGUGGCCAAGGCUAGGGUAUGUUUUAUUUCUGUAAGCUGCCUGGAUUCAUCUCUGUGUGGAUGAUUUGGGCAUCCAUAUACAUUUUCAUAAUCAAUACAUAAAUAUACGUUGUAUGUUGAAAAGUUCAGGAAUCCCAUUUAACCUUGGAGAGCAGGGCCUGCAACGAAUGCUUUUCUUUAAUUUGUAGAUCCCCUGUACUAACAUAUCAGAUCUGUAUUUCUUUAUAAAGAAAAUAUUCACUAUGCCAGGAGUCUCCAACCUUGGCAACUUUAAGACCUAUGGACUUCAAAGCUGGCUGAGGAAUUCUGGGAGUUGAAGUCCACAGGUCUUAAAGUUGCCAAGGUUGGAGACCCCUGCACUAUGCGGUAUUUGGAGUACCAAAUAUGCUUCUCGGGGCAUUUGUGAGAGAUGGGCAGGUCAAAAAAGUCAAGAGUAAUCCUCGACAUAACGACCGUAACCGAGCCUGCCCAUUAGGGUUGUAAGUCUAGUCAGUCAGGUGACUGAUCCGAUUUUUGAACUUUUUUGCAGCUGUCAUUAAGCAAACACCAGCGUUGUUAAGCGAACCCAUUGUUCGCUAGGGAGCGGUUUUGCCAAAAGCCAGAAAUAAGCUCCGGUUUUCCGCAAAACCUGGUCAUGUGACCGUGGGGCGCUACCAAUGGCCAUGCAUGUCGCCAUGUUGGUGAGCGCUUGAAAUGCAGUCACAUGACCAUUGUGUGUGUGUGUGUGUGUGUGUGUGUGUAUGUGUGAGAGAGAGAGAGAGAGUGAGAGAGAGAGUUACCGUCAGAACCAGGUUGCAUUCCCUUGUUCCAGGUAGGACGUAAGUCGGGGGACUUAGCUAACUGUAUUUUGCUGAUAUUUCUCUUUAAAACAAGAAAUGUAAUAAAGAUGCUUUUGGAACUAUUUUAGCAUGAUCGCGUUGAUUUUUAAAAGUACAUUCUGAUAGGAAAAUCUGGUUAAGUGCCAUUACAAAGAACUGGAACUUUUGUUUGCUGUGAUCUGUUGGUUCUGUCCUGCUGGAUUGAUCCUAAAACAUGUUUGAAAUGGGCUGAAACAUUUCCAGGUUGUUUGUGUCUUUUUCGUAUGUUUUAAGAAAGAUUUUUAAAGGCUAUCUUUAAUUAGUGAGUUCUAUAUCAUAUUUGUUUACUGGAGUCUAUUUUUAUGGUGUAUUGUAAUUGUGUGUGUUUUUUAAAAAAAAAACCCAGUGAUUUGCAUGUAAAUUGCCUCCUCUUGAACUUUUUGGAACGAUUUGAUAUCUUUAAAUUAUUUUUUUAAUGGUAAGGGUCUAAAAAUAUCUGAUGUUUUUAGAAACAUCGACAUUCCUCUUUAAUCAACUCUUGUGACGCGCUGGUUGUACUGUACCAAAUAAAACACUUUCUAACUCUGA